AUGAAGAGUAAAUACAGCCAACUGGAUCACAAUCAUAAAAUGAGUCCUUCGAAAUCAAGGCUGUAUCAAUGCAAUCGAGAGCUGACUGCAAAUAUCAAACGAAAGCUUGAAGUGAAUGAUAUUGUAGGAAUUUCAUUACACAAAAGCUACAAUUUUGUAGUGGUGGAAGCAGGCGAUUAUGAGUCUAUCACAUUCAUCGAGAAAGAUUACCAUAGGUGUAGACAAGCGUACAAAGAGUUCAGUGAUGUUGUCACAUUUGAUACAACAUACCUCACUAACAAGUAUGACAAGCCGUUUUUCCCGUUUGUUGGCAUCAAUCAUCAUGGGCAAUCAACACUGUUUGGUUGUAGCUUGAUAGCUAAUGAGGACACCAAUAUAUUUGUGUGGUUACUCCGGACAUGGUUGCAAUGCAUGCACGGUCAAGCACCAAAUGAAAUAAUUACUGAUCAAGAUAGGGCAAUGCAGAAUGCAAUUAAGUUUGUAUUUCCACAUACGAAGCACAGGUGGUGUCUGUGGCAUAUCUUGAAGAAGUUACCUGAGAAGUUUGGCUAUCAUGAUGACAAGGCUUCGAUAUUUUUUACUAUACAUGGAUUAGUGUGUGAUUCGCAUACCGUUGAUGAGUUUGAAAAAGGGUGGAGAGCGAUGAUUGAUAUGUACAAGUUGUAUGACAAUGAUUGGUUGGCGGGAUUGUUUGCAAACAGAGGACGUUGGGUUCCAUGUUUUUUGAAAGCCACAUUUUGGGCCGGAAUGUCCACAACGCAACGAAGCGAGAGUAUGAAUGUGUUCUUCGAUGGAUACAUGCAUUCGAAGACCUCUUUGAAGCAAUUUGUUGAACAAUAUGAAAGAGCACUGUGGAACAAAGUUGAAAAGAAAUUUCAGGCUAACUUCAAGUCGUACGUGCAAAUGGGUUUUAUAGAGACGAUUUACGAGGUACGGGAAGAUGUCCUGCUAUAUGAAGAGCAUCGAAUGAAAAGGACCUUUUUUGUGUCAUAUACGAAGGAGACACAAGACAUUUUAUUAUUGGAUAAGUUUAUAUUGUGGCAAUGGAGGAGGGACAUUAGUAGAGCACACACGAGGAUCGCAGUUUACUAUGCUGAGUUGGUCAAUACUCUGGCACAGUUGAGGUACGAGGAUAUAUGUCGAGCAUUUUCAGAGGUGGAUGGCCUUGUUGCGAAUGAUUAA